UAAAAACAUUCUGAUACGUGCGUGGUGGGUAUUGAUAGUUUUGCCCGCUUUCUCUUUUUUUUUGCAAAUUACCAGGGGUCCCACGAGGUGUGCAGACUGAGGAAGGAGUAGCUGCAAGACAACUAGUUUAUAAUGACUUCGUACCUCUUUCUACUCUCAGCAAGAUGUGGAGCUGUUCCUCCCAAAACAAUUCUUCAGUCUUGUGGAAGAACUUUGCAAACGAUAACUGCAAGAAAAUGGUCCAGCGAAGGAAGCAAAGUAGCAGUAAAUGGUGUACAUCUCCACUGUGACCAGACGGGCAAAGGAAACCAUCCUGUGUUACUCCUCCCUGGGGCAGUAGGAUCAGGAAUAAGGGACAUGGAACCACAGUAUAAAGGCUUAGACAAAAACAAGUAUAAGCUGGUGACCUUCGACCCAAGAGGCUUUGGUAAAUCAAGACCACCAGAGAGAGAUUUUCCUUUGGAUUUUUACCGACGGGACGCUAAAGAUGCUGCAGACCUCAUGGCUGUACUUGGACAUGACAGGUACUCUGUACUUGGAUGGAGUGAUGGUGGUAUCAUAGGCAUCAUCAUGGCAGCUACAUAUCCAGACCAUGUACAGAAACUACUAGUGUGGGGAGGCAAUGCAUAUUUCACUGAAAAGGAUAUCCAAGCUUAUGAGGCAACAAGAGACAUCUCAAAGUGGAGCAAGAGGAUGCGUGCUCCGAUGGAGGAGAUGUACGGCGCAGAAAACUUUCAGAAGCUCUGGAGUGGUUGGAUAGACGGCGUGCAGAACAUCAUGGUGGAGAAUCGUACAGAUGCGUGUAUGGACGACUGCAGACAGAUAACCUGCCCAACGCUUAUCAUCCAUGGGGAGAAGGAUGCCAUGGUGCCCAGUGAACACCCGCUGUACUUAAACCAGAACAUCAGAGGAUCAAGACUUCUGAUGAUGGCCGAGGGAAAACAUAACCUGCACAUGCGCUACGCAGAAGAAUUCAACAAACAUGCUGAGAUUUUCUUGGACAGCUCAAAUACCUCUUAAGCAAGUGAGAUUCAUCUUUCUAGGCUGGGUGAGCAACACAAGUGGUUUAGUCGAGAUCAAAAUAAAAAUGAGUUGAACAAGCACUCAGAGAAGACGGACCUUUCUUGUGUUACGUGUCAAGCCCAAUUCACACGAGAGCUUUUUAACCAACAUGUUUUGCGAUAUUUCGCAUCCAGGAUAAAAAAAUAGCAAAAUCCACUCGUGUAAAAGCUAUCCUGGUUAUGGAAUAGCAAAGGAUUCUGACUAAAAAUGACUGCGGUCAUGACCAACUACAAAAAAUCGCAACUAGGUUAUAAUCGCACAGAUCGGCCGCGUGAAACGACUCAACCAAGGACCCAGUUUAUGCUGUCGUAGUAUGCCUGCGUAAACGCGUUCCGUGCCACGGAUUGUCACAUGCUAUGUUUGCGGAUUUCCAGUCUGUCCAUUUGUUGUGGCACUUUUCUGCAGUUUGUUUGCCUUCAAGUUUUUUCUGAGACAGCCUUCCAAACUUUGUGGUUAUGAACCAUUCCCUUCAUCUUUGUCUGCACUUCUUCAGUGCCCAUGAUCCAUGCCCAUGACCCUUGCAUACUCCCCACCAGGGAGCGGAGAUGGUUUAAGGAGUGAAUUAAGGCCCAGUGACCAGGGGUAAUAAUGUGAA